GCACUGACUGGCAGCACUGCUGGGCUGCACUGGUGGGUGGCACUGGUGGGCAGCACUGGUGGGUGGGCACAGGUGGGUGGCACUGGUGGGCACAGGUGGGUGGCACUGCUGGGCACAGGUAGGUGGCACUUCUGGGCACAGGUGUGUGACACUGCAGAGUGGCACAGGUGGGUGCACUGCUGGGCACAGGUGGGUGCACUGCUGGGCACAGGUGGGUGGGAGCUAGUGGGCGCACUGCUGGGCACAGGUGGGCCGAACUUGCGGGUGGCACUGCUGGGCACCGAU